AUGGCCGGGAGGGUGGCACUGCUCCUGUGGGCCCAGACCCUCGGCCUCGCUGGUGCCCAGACCACCCAGCUCCUGGUGGAGCCCCCAUGGACACCACCAGCGCUGUGGGACCAGGUGACACUGACCUGCCAGGGCUCGGGGAGCGCCAGUGCCACCGCCUGGUACAAGGACAGGAAGUACUUGUGGCAGAAGAUGUGGCAGAAGAGUCAGGAGACCUUCACUGUCACCGAGAGAGGCACCUACAUGUGUUACAGACCUGGCAGUGGGCGCAGCCCUCCUGUGACAGUCUCAGAUGAUGAUCUGGUGCUGCAGGUGCCGGUGCGGGUGCUGCUGGAGGGGGACACGGUGACACUGCGCUGCCGGGGAUGGAGGGACAGCAAGGUCACCUCGGUGUCCUUCUACCGAGAGGGGACAGAACUGAUGGGGCUCCCUGAUGGCACAGAGCUGUCCCUGUCCCUGUCACCUCUGCAACUGAGCCACAGCGGCAACUACAGCUGCGAGGGCCGGAUGGAAUACUGGCCGUCAAAGUUGUGGCAGUCAACGCCGGUGACAGUGACAGUGCACGGGGUCCCACCCUCGGGGGUGUCCCUGUCAGCGCAGCCCUCCCGGGCACAGGUGGCACUUGGGGACAGCCUGGUGCUGAGCUGCACGGUGGCCAUGGGGACAGGUCCCCUGUCCUUCUCCUGGCACCGGGAGGGCUCAGGGGCACCACUGGGCACCGGCCCCCGCCUGGAGCUGGGAUACGUUGGGGACAAUGACAGCGGCCAGUACCGGUGCCGGGUCAGCGACGGGGACAGCGUGGCCGAGAGUGACACCAUGAAUGUCACCGUCCUGGUGCCCGUGGCCAAUGCCACCAUCACCCCCGGUCCCCUGGCACACCAGGUGCACACAGGUGACAACGUGACCCUGCGCUGCUCAGUGCAGGUGGGCUCAGCCCCUGUCACCUUCACCUGGCUGCACAAUGGGCAGGAGGUGGCCCAGGGUCCCCUGCUGGAGUUUGGGGACAUCGUUGUGGGACAUUCGGGCACCUACCAGUGCGUGGCCACCAACCAGCUGGGACAGGACGGGCACCGCGUGUUCUGGGCACUCAGCCCUGAGCUGGCGCUGGAGGUGACAACGUGGGGACACAAGGACACAGCAGUGGCCGCAGGGGUUGGCAGCUCCCUCCUGGCCCUGGUCCUGCUUGGGGCGGCCAUCGUGGGCUGGCAGCGGUGCCACCGCCGCGCCCCCAGGACGCCCCAGGACAGGACCCCCGUGGUGCCCCUCGAGGGGGAGGAGGUGCUCUACAGCCACGUGGUGCCCACGGCCAGGGCAGCGGGGUCCCCAGGUGCCACCCCCGAGGAGCCACAGGUGACCUACGCGGAGCUGCGGGCACCGAGGUUGCACCCGGGGGACAGCGGGGACUACGAGAACGUGCUGUGA